AUGUUAGAAAAAAAGUUUGCUGACAUUGACAAGAAAUUUGAGAAUGUUUUAAACAAGAACAAGAGGAAGUUAGAAAAUGCUCAGAUAAAACCUAUACAUGACAAGUUCUUAUUUGCUCAGAAUGGUAUAACAGGUCUAAUUGCACCACCUGGGUCGGGUAAGACUUUCACUUAUCUUAAAAUGGCUGCACAACAACAAGAACUAGAUGAGAAGAACCCAUUCUAUGAGUUAGUUGUUAUUUGUAGUACUUCUGGUCAAUUUGACCAAACCGUCAAUUCGUUCAAAGAUAUUAUAAAGAAGUCUAAGUUAGUAUGUAUAAAGGAUACUGAGUUGUUAGAUUGGAUAAAGAAGUACCAAAGAAGAGUUUUGAAGUAUAAUGCUAUAAAUGAGUAUGUCAAUUCGAAGUUUAAAGACCCAAAUGAGGAAAUGCAGAGAAUAUUAGAGAAGAAACACUU